AUCGCGAGUCAGUCUUGAGGUAAAGUUAGUGGCGGUAGGACGCACGCAAGAUCUCCUACACUUAUUUUGGAUUAAAUCUCUAGAAACAAGGCGCCAGGAACAAAAGCAGCCAUGGGGGUUUGUUGCUACACCUUCCUCAAAUACAUAUCCGUCGUCUGGAACCUCCUAUUCAUGGUGAUGGGAGGCGCGUGGCUGGGUCUUGUUCUCUGGGUGUACUUCAGUGUAACAGACAUCGCCGUGCUGACUAGCGACGUACAAGGUUACAAGUCGGUCCUGUACUUCCUAAUGGUAGUCGGGGCCAUAGUGUUCAUCCUGGGCUUCCUCGGCUGCUGCGGGGCCUGCCAGGAGUCACAGUGCAUGCUGGGAACGUUCUUUGCGCUUGUUCUGGUCCUGUUCACCGGCCAGAUCGCUAUUGGGGUCUGGGCACACGCUAACAAAGACAAAUUCACAAAAGUCUUCACUGAUGCUGUGACGUCCACCAUCAAGACAGACUAUGGCACUGUGGAAAUUAAGACCAACGCUUUCAACACCAUCCAGGAAAAUCUGAAGUGCUGCGGCUCCCUGGGCCCCGACGACUGGGCCGGGAGCAACUUCAACAAUGCAGAAGAGGGUCAUAAGGAAAUAGGGGUUGCAGCCUCGCGUGGGUACUACAAGGUCCCUUACUCCUGCUGUGUGGUUCCAGGCUGCGACAACAAGCUGAAUAUGAAUGGAACACCCAACCCUGACAUCAUCUAUGUAGAGGGAUGUUCGGAGAAGAUCCUGAACGUGGUACAGCCUUAUAGCAACGAGAUUCUGUACUGUCUGUUGGCCAUUCUUCUCAUCCAAGUCCUAGCCAUGAUCCUGUCAAUGGUCCUGUGUUGCACUGUUCGGCGCAUCGACCACGUCAAAGCCUAGGGAAAAAACACCUCUCCAAUUUAUGACCUAGGGAUGGAGAGUGAGGAGGAGGAUCUGAAUGCUUAAACCUCCCCUCUUGUCUUGCCCUGGACUCUCCAACGUGACCCUGGGUGGAGCUAUACAGUGGGUAAUGUUAGGCUUUGAUGGGCUCUGCGUUCUGUGCUUCUGUUCUCUUGCCUGUGGGUCUGUUUGUGGUGGUCUGGUUGUUUUUGGGGAUUCUAAAGUGUUUUUUUGGGGUUCUUGCAGUGGUUUUGUUAUUUUGAGGGGUUCUGCAGGGAGGUAUUUGGGUUUUCGGUUUCUAAGGGGGUUUUGUAAGUUAUUUUUUGUGGCUUCAGUCGGAGUUUGGUGAGAGUUCCGCUGUUUUAACGGGUUCUUGUGGAAGCCGUUUGAGUUUUCACGGUGUUUUUGUGGCUCCAAGUUUUCAAGGGUUUCCAUGACUCCAGCGAUAGAGUUCAAGGUUCUUCAUGAUUCCAGCGACAGUUUCCAGGGGUUUUCAUGAUUCCAGUGAUAGUAUAACACCCUUUACACCACCAGCAUACAAAAAACUUCCUUGAGAACCCCCAAAAAUGCCGCAGAAGCCGUAACAGAAGUGCAGACAAGAGAACAAAGAGAACUCACCGAGAUGCAACGGAUGGCUAAAUAAACCAUCCGGAAAUUGUGUUUAUCUGUCUCUCGGAUGGCUGGGGAGGUCUGUGGGGGUCUGCGGCCAUACCUGAAUCACAAAAACAACCAUAGAUGCUGCUCGCUGUGUCUCCGCAGCUCCCCGACGCAGCAGACCUCCCCCGCCAUGCUGCGCGAAUCAAUACCUUCUCUAUUUAUUUAACCAAGUCAUCCCUGAAAUGUAGCAUAGAGAAAUGGUGUGUGUGUACGUUUGCAGUCUCUACCUGUCGUGUUUUCAUAUGCGUGUGUUUGUCGUCUUAGCCUCUUAGAGCGAGAGAUGGAGCGAGAGUGUGCCAGUGAGGGAAGAGACUCUAGAAAGGACAGAUUUUUAGAAGUAGGUGAGAUGUAAAGAGUAUUUUUAUAUCACCAUACCAUUGCAGGAUUCACGGCGCCUCGCUGUUCCUCGGACCACUGAAAGGAACCUUGAGAAUUGUGUUUUUCAUGGUGGGAGAUGAAAUCUGGCCUUGAGAAAUGGAGGAUUGGUUUAAUGUAAGGAUUGCUGUCUGGAAAUUUGACAACCAUUCUUUUUUUAUGGGGAAAAUGAGAAGUGAGGAGUAUUUGGUGUCUUGGCAGUGAAGUAAACCAGAGAAUGUUGUUUUUCAUGUUUGUUUUAUUAAGGCAAUGUGAGAGAAAUGCAAGUCUAAUGUUUAGGUGGGAAGAUUUUUGAUGUUUAUGCAAUUAAGGUGGAGUAGUGAUGAAAGAAAGGAAAGUCUGUGUCAGGAAAAUAGACUAGACAAUUUAUUUAUUAUCUUUUAUAACUUUUACAUACAUGAUUGUCUCCCGUGUGAAUUUGAUGCAGAAAAGGUGAAAAAAAAAAAAUGAACAAAAAAUAAUGACAGAGAAAAUGAAAACUUUUGAUAGAUUUUGUAUUAUCUAUAUUGAAAUGCACAAAAGAAAGCAGAGGAUUGAAGACAUUUAAUGCUCACUCAUUGUAUCGUCUACUUUGAAACGCGCACACGAAGAAACUAGAGUUGUGAAAGAAAAUAUUUGAUGGUUCUUUUCUAUCAUGUAUUUUGAAACGCACAAAGAAAGCAAAGAGUAUUUAUUAAAAGUAUUUUGAUGGUUCUUUUGUAUAUCGUCUAUUUUGAAACUGUGGCAGGAAAACAGUAUGUAGAGUAAUGUAAAGAAAUAUUUGAUGCUUUUUGUACCUCUAUUUUGAAAUGCACAAAGGAGAAAAAGAGAAACGUAUUAAGAUUAUUUGAUGGUUCUUUUCUGCAUCGUCUCUUUUGAAACUCGCAGGAAAACCGUAUGUACAGUAAUGAAAAGAAAUAUUUCAUGCUUUUUUUUGUAUUAUAUUUUGAAAUGCACAAAGGAGAAAAAAAGAAGCGUAUUAAGAUUAUUUGAUGGUUCUUUUCUGCAUCGUCUCUUGAAAAUGUCGCAGGAAAACCGUAUGUACAGUAAUGAAAAGAAAUAUUUGAUGCUUUUUUUGUAUUAUAUUUUGAAAUGCACAACAACUAAAAAAUGCAGAGGUAUGACAGAAAAUAUUUGAUGCUUCUUGUCUGUCAUCCAUUUUGAAACUUGCGUAAAAGUUUAUAGUAAUGAUAUUCAUACUUGUAUCAUCUAUUUUGACUUUGCACAACAUUAUAUAAAGAAGAAAGACAAUUGAAAAUAUUUUGAUACUUCAUGAAUAUUUUUGCAACUUGCACAAAACAGAACGAAAAGCACAAAAUCUAAAAAAAAAAAGCCAAUUAUGAAAAAAAAAUAUAUAUAUAUAUGUACCUGACUAAAGAAAAAAACCUUGGUAAAAUAGAAAACGAGAAAACUUUUCCGAAACAAAAAAAAAAAAAACGCAAUUUUUCCAAACGAUCAAAACACACCUGCAUUUAACGAACAAAUCUUGAAAAACCGGGGAACAGGAAGAGGAGAGAAUUAAUUAUAUUUUGAUUAUAAAUGAAAAAAAAAAUGGGAAGAUCUGAGAGUUUGUGUGUAUGUGCGUAUGUAUGUACGUGUGUAUGCAUGUGCGCGUGUGUGUGUAUGUGCGUCGCUACUUUCUAUGUACGUAUUAAGUAAACAAAAGCUCUUCAAUGUAAAUACUGCAUUAUUGCGUCUUGUAUCAGAGAUCAUUGAGCAUUUAAGGUUUUUUUUUUCCCCCUUUACACACCUACACACCUGCUACAGUGCCCCAUACACUCGUACACACCCACAAAUCCUCCUAUACAAACCUACACAUGUGCAAAUCUUCCUAUACACCCAAAUAUACCCACAGACUUCCAAUACACACCUAUACACCCACUACAACUUCUCUCUACACCUUCCGACACCUUAAUAUACCUGAAUACACACCUUAACAUUUUCCUAUCCCAUUACAAACCUUCCCAAACCUCUCCAAACCUGUACAGAAUGCCAUACACACCUGCACAAACUUCCAAUGCACUACUACAUGUUUCUAUGCCAUUACAAACCUGCGGAACUCCCCACACCUUUCCUGUACACCCGUUCUCUCCUCGUUUCCACACCUAUGUUACCUGUGCAUCUUUUUACUUGUCCGAGUUAAUUACAGUGCCAAUUUUGUUUGUUUUUUAUGCUAUUUGAUGGUUAAUUUAUUUGUAUUUGUGUCAUUUAUACUUGGAAAAUAUGUCACGCUAGGGAGGAAUUUUAAUUAUUGUUUUGUUUCGAUGUCAGUGUCUCGGAAAUUUGAAUUAUUGUUGUUUUAUUUCUGUGUCAGUGUCUUGGAAAAUAUGUCACAGUAAGGAGGAAUUUGAAUUGCUAUUGCUUUUAUCUGUAUGACCUAUGAUGUUUUUCCCUUAGCAUGGAAAAUAUGUUAUGUGAAGGAAAAAUUACUUACAUUAUUACCUUAUGUAUGUGUUCUGUGGUAUUUCUCCCAUGACUCCUGGAAAAUAUGUCACUAUGGAGGUGUGAGACUUAUUGUUAUUUUUAUUUGUAUGUUCCAUGUCGCACAACAAUUAAUUUUUUCUACUUUUAUGUCCCAAGCCGUUUAUUCUGAGUCUCCCGGAAAAUAUGUCACGGAGGGAAAGAAUUACUAGUUAUAAGUAGGUCUGGUGUCUUUUAUCUCAGCUCUUGGAAAAUAAUUCAUGUUUUUACUUCUUUCAUGAACCAUUUAUUCCGUCUCCUGGAAAAUAUGUCACGUGGGAAGAACUAGUAUUUUUUAUUUUUUUAUUUUUUUUUUUUUUAUGGAUGAUACAACAUGCUAUAUCUGACAUACGUACAUACAUGAAUGCUAAAAAAAGUUACUCAAUAUUUCUCUCCUAGGACUUAAGUGGUAUUUUAGAGUACUAUUUCUGUAUUUUUCCUCAUUAUAUACUGUAAAGUUAGCGAAGAAAUUAUUGUAUAUUUAAGACCAUUUUAAGAAAUAUGUGUGUGUGUGUGUGUGUGUAUGUGUGUGUACGUGUGUGUGUUGGAAGCUGGGACAAUACUUAGAUUUAUAUACAUACAUACAAUAUACAUAUAUAUACUAGCCUAUACAUUCAUAAAGCUCUCUUCUUUUCUUAAAUGUUAAUACUAUUUUUUCUUUUUAUUUCAGUAAUUAUUAUUAUUAUUUUUUAUUGUUAUUAUUUUUUAUUAUAUUUUUUUAGUUUCUUUUUCUUUCUCACAUAAUUUCAGUACAGAUUUUUUCAUUUAUCGUUUCAACUUUUUAUUUAUUUAUUUAUUUUUUUAUUUAUUUAUUUUUUUUUUUUUCGCCAUUUGAAAAGCUAAGUGUUUUAAGUGUCAAAUAGAGAAGCCUUACCUUAAUCUUACUUUUAUUCGUCAAAAAGUAGAGGUAGUAUCUUUCAUUUCCCCGACAGAGAGAGUGAGAGAGAAAGAAAAAUUAAAGAAAAGUUACAAUUUGCUGUUAUCAUAUUAUUAAGAAAGUGUAGAGAGAGUGAAAAGAAUUAAAUCCUCUUUUUUUUUUUCUUUCUUAUUCUUGGCACAAAUUCUUUACCUCCUCCUCUUUGUCUCAUUUGUACAAAGGACUUUUUGGAACCUUGGAACACCAUUUAGCAGAAGAUUCAAACACUCUGUGUGUUUUAAAGUCUUUAUAGAGACUUAUAGAUACCCUUCUUAGUUUGGAACCUUUUAUAAAGACUGGAAUAGCCUUUUAUCAGUUUCCAGACUCUUAGACAGUCAAAAAACGCAAUUCUUAGUCCCGGAAUCGCUUUGAAAGACUAAAAUACGUCUGUAUUACUUGGCGAACCCUUUUUAGCGACAAAACACCUUUAUUAGUUUUGAAUCUCUCCCUACAGCCUUCAGCUUAGGCUUUCUAGUUUCCAAACCUUUUUAGACAGUGAAAACCACCUUUAGUCUCAAAACUUGGUGUAAAAUCCUCAAAACCCUCGUAAGUACGCAGAAAAUGUCCUUUCUUAGUGUACGAACCUCUUCUGAAAUGUUCCAACACUCCUUUAUCAUUCUCAUGAGUUUCCGACCCCCUCCCCCCUUGACACCACACACCACACCACACUACCCCCCCCUCCCCUGCGCCGCUAAACCACUGUGUGUCGACGCCAUUGAUGUAUCUACAGAAUAAGAAUGUUAACAGUUGUACCAUAUAAAGAUUUACACCCAUUCUCAAAACAAGUGAUAGAAAUAGACAACCUGAUUUUCUUUUUUUUUUUUCGUUUCAUUUAUACAAGCUUCUCUCAUAGCAUUAACAUCUACAUUAUAUAAAAAAAUCAAACCCGUUCUAAAAAAAAAAAAAAAAAAACAGAAAUAGAUGCCCUGAUUUAUUUAUUUAUUAUUUUUUUUUCAUCUUAUACAUGCUAUAUAUAAACAAUGGUAUUAUGACCCAUACAUACAUACAUACAUACAUACAUAUAGUGUGUUCCAGGAUGCACUUUCUCCCUCCCACCCCCCCAUGACCCCCCCUCCCAUGAAUUGUAUAAACGAAUUAAAACCCUUAAUUCAAAAUGGAGUUCUCAAUAGCACUGGACUCUGCGACACUUGGCAUUGUGUGCGUGGUGGUCGUCAGGGUUUGAAUUGCGGGGGUUACAUUGAGUCUUUUUGUGUUAUUGUGUUCUUGUAUUGGUUAUUGUUUUGGUUAUUUAGCUAUUUAUUUAUGUACUCUUUUAUUUCUCAAUGUACGUCAAUUUUCAUAAAGUGGACGAUGCUUUUUAUUUUUAUUUAUUUAUUUAUUUAUUUAUUUAUUUGUUUAUUAAUUUCAUAGUGUUGGUCACUUUUGAUAAAGUGUAUGAUGGUGUUUUAUUUAUUUAUUGGUAAGUGUACAUCAGUGUUUUACUAAAUUUAUUUCUAUUUACGUAUUUUUUUCUACUUGGUAUUAAUAACUAAAUUUUUUUUCAAUGUGUGUUUUAUUUAAUAUUUUGCGGUGAAUUUAUUAUUCACUGUGUUACUCAUUAUUGUAUUACUCACAUGUACAUCAGUUUAUAUUAAGUGCACAAUAUUAUUCACAUGAACCAGUCUUUUUUUUUUUUUUUUUUUUUUUCAACUGAUGUACUAUUUUCUUUUUCUUUUCUUUUUUUUUUUGUUUAUUCUUUAUUAUUAUUUUGCAAUUUAUUUAUUCAUUGUGUUACUCAUUACUGUUACUCAAAUGUACAUCAAUUUCUACUUAGUGUACGAUAUUUUUACGUGGAUGAACCAGUUGGCUCUCUCCUACAUGCCUCUACCUUAGUACUCUGCAAUGUGUUGUAGGAAAUAAGGACGUAAUUUUUAAAUAUACGUUUAUGGAAAUGUGAAGUUGGUGUUUUUUUUUUUUUUGCGCAUUUUUUUUUCAAGUAUUUGCCUAAGUUUGUGAUGAAAACUACUUAAACAUUUUUUCACUUAUUUAUUUUUUCUAUGGAAAUAAUGUAAAGGAUGAUAAUUUUUCUACUGAAAUUGGAAUAGUGGUUAAUUUUUCAUUAAUUUUUCAUUCAUUAAUUGACUUUCAAGGUAACUUCAAUACAAGUUCUGUUUAUAAUUAUUUCUUCAAUUUAUCUGUUUUUCUUACUUUAUUUUUUAUUUAUCUUUUCAAUUCUUCUUUAUUUUCCAUUUAUUAAUUUCAUUUUAUCACAUUUUUUUUUUCAUUUUCUAAUACUUUAUUACAUUUUUUUUCAUUUUUUAAUACUUUUAUCUUCAAUUUUUAUUGACAUUUAACCAUUAUUACCAUUUUUACUUUAUUUAUUUCUUGGCAUCACAGACAAAGGAACCAACAAACCCCCCCCAAAAAAAAUAAAUAAAUAAAUAGAAAAAAAAAAACUCUUGGCACCACUUGUUACCGAAUGCUGUGUGUCAUACCACAAGGGGGGCAGUGCUGACCCCUUCCACAGCACCCCCGCAACACCUUAAGCUGUGUGUUGCCCCUGUCCUCUCUAUCAAAACACUGGUCCUUUAAAACACCAAUCAUCUUCCAAACACUGACCCUUAAAUCACUAAAAAUUUAGAUGCUAUUCUGAAAUGUACUGGUCUUUUGUCUGUCUGUCUUUUCAAUGGCUCUGCUGGAGGUCAUUGGGGUUUCCAGGGGUGUUUUUUUAAGAUUUUAGGAAUGAUUUAGGGAUUCAGGGGUUUUAUAUAGAAUUAUAGAUGAAUAUUUAGGUUUUCAAGGCUGUUUGAAAGUUUAACAGGUUGUAGUGGAAGUUAUUGGGGUUUUCAAGGUUCCAUGGAUAGUUUAACAGGUUGUAGUGGAAGUUAUUGGGGUUUUCAAGGUUCCAUGUAUAGUUUAACAGGGUGUAGUGGAAGUUAUUGGGGUUUUCAAGAUUCCAGGGAUAAUUUAAUAGGUUGUAGUGGAAGUUAUUGGGGUUUUCAAGGUUCCAUGGAUAGUUUAACAGGCCGUAGUGGAAGUUAUUAGGGUUUUCAAGAUUCCAGGGAUAAUUUAAUAGGUUGUAGUGGAAGUUAUUAGGGUUUUCAAGAUUCCAUGGAUAGUUUAAUGGGUUGUAGUGGAAGUUAUUGGGGUUUUCAAGGUUCCAUGGAUAGUUUAACAGGUUGUAGUGGAAGUUAUUAGGGUUUUCAAGAUUCCAGGGAUAAUUUAAUAGGUUGUAGUGGAAGUUAUUGGGGUUUUCAAAGUUCCAUGGAUAGUUUAACGGGUUGUAGUGGAAGUUAUUGGGGUUUUCAAGGUUCCAAGGAUAAUUUAACAGACUAUAGUGAAGUUACAGAGUUUUCAAGGAUAUUUCCAAGAUUCCAGGGAUAGUUUAACAAAUAAACUAUAUCAGUUAUUAAUAAAACACCCUUGAAAACUAGACUAAUCACCUCUGUGACCUUUGAAAAAAAAACAGAACCAAGCAUUUUAUUGUACAUCUUUUGAAAAUUAAUCCUGAAACUUAAAUAUAUCAACUGGAAAAUUAAGAAUAAAGGAGGAGGAGGAGGAGGAAGAGAAUGAUAAGAAGAAAAAAGGAGGAGAUAGAGAAGAGAAUGACAAAAAGGAGGAGAAGGAAGAAAAUGUUCAGGAGUAAGAGAAAGAAAGAGGAGGUGGAAGAGGAUGAGGAGAAGAAGGAAGAAGGAGGAGGAAGAGAAUGACAUAAAGAAGAAAGAAUAGGAAGGAAGAGAAUGACAAAAAAGUAGAAGAAAGGAGGAAGAAGAUAAUGACAAGAAGGAAGAAGGAGGAAAAGGAAGAUAAUGGCAUGGAGAAAAAGUAGAAAAAACGAAAAAAAAAAUUUUUGAAAAAAAAAACAUAUUUAAACUAAUGAGACAAAACAACACAAAAUUUGGAAAGGUGUUUUAAUUUCACGGUCUCAGGUUUUAUUCUUCCCUCAAGUGUCAGGAGGGGUCAGAACUCCCCCUAGUGCCCCCCCCAGACCCUCAACCAUGCUUAACCCCGCCUCUCUCCCUCUCUCUCCCUCUCACCCCGUUUUUUGUGAUGUUUUAAUUAUCUCGUGAAUACCGACUCUGUUUGUAAUUAUGCUAGAAUAAAGACUAAGUAAGCA